GUUUGUACAAUGGCUGAGGAUCUGAGAGCUGCAGUUGCCAGUCAGACAAAGAGACUGAACAGCAGCACUGAGGUGGUUGAAAGGCCGGAGGAAAACGAGCAUCAAAACAAAAGGUUGAAGACAGAUGCAGAUGAGGAAGAUGGGGAGGAUCAGAGUAAGAAGACACCCAAAAGGAAGAUUGUGUUGUUGAUGGCAUAUUCAGGGAAAGGCUACCACGGGAUGCAGAGAAACGUGGGAUCUUCACAGUUCAAGACAAUUGAAGAUGACUUAGUGUCUGCCCUUGUCCAGUCAGGCUGCAUUCCAGAAAACCAUGGGGAAGACAUGAAGAAGAUGUCUUUCCAGCGCUGUGCUCGAACUGAUAAGGGUGUGUCUGCAGCUGGACAGAUUGUCUCACUGAAGGUCAGGCUAAUAGAUGACAUCUUAGAAAAGAUCAAUAAUCAUCUUCCUUCUCACAUCAGAAUUCUGGGCCUGAAGAGAGUCACUGGAGGAUUCAACUCCAAGAACAAAUGUGAUGCCAGAACCUACUCUUACAUGCUGCCAACAUUUGCCUUUGCCCACAAAGACCAUGAUGUGCAAGAAGAGCUUUAUCGACUGGACAAAGAGACCCUUGAAAGGGUCAAUAAGCUGCUCUCAUGCUAUAAAGGGACUCACAACUUCCACAACUUCACAUCUCAGAAGGGCCCCAGGGACCCCAGUGCCAAGAGGUACAUCAUGGAGAUGUACUGUGGAGAGCCCUUUGUCAGGGAAAACAUGGAAUUUGCAGUGAUCAAAGUGAAAGGUCAGAGUUUCAUGAUGCACCAGAUCAGGAAGAUGAUCGGGCUGGUGAUAGCUAUUGUGAAAGGUUAUGCUGCUGAGUCCAUCCUGGAGCGCAGCUGGGGGGAGGAGAAGGUGGAUGUCCCCAAAGCCCCUGGACUUGGGCUGGUUUUGGAACGAGUACACUUUGAAAAGUACAACCGGCGGUUUGGAAACGAUGGGCUGCACGAGCCACUGGAGUGGACAGAGGAGGAGGAGAAGAUUGCUGUUUUCAAAGAGCAGUACAUCUACCCUACCAUUAUCAACACAGAAAGGGAGGAGAAAUCCAUGGCAAACUGGCUAAACACCCUCCCCAUUCACGACUUCAACUCCUCUGCUGUGGAGAUGCAAACUAACAACAAGAGCUCAAAGAACAGCAGUGAUCUCGAGGGCAGUGAUGGUUGUGGUGAUGAUUCUGACUGAGCCAGAUGUUGGAUGUGGGACCCUUUGCUGCUUGCAGUUCCCUUUGUCUACAAAAAAAGUGGCCUUUCUAAACCCAAGAAUCCAGUAAAGCAGGAGUUUGCUGCUUGCAGAGCAAGAACUGGACACCCAGGAGAAACUGGGUGGGGAAGACAGUGCAGGAGGAAAAACAGAAGCUUUUUAUACCACUGACCCAUUCACCUGACUGAUAUACUUGAAAACAGUUUACCAAGAAAGAAGCUUUCAAAGAAUCUGGACAUGCAGGAUAUCUUAACUGCUAUUUGAAUAAUGUUUUUAUUAUGUUUACUUGGAAAAUAGUAUUUUAGUAUGUUUAAUCUCAACAUAAAGAUGGGGCAGAUCAUUUUAAUACACUCUUUAUUAUGAAGUUA